CGGGCAGGCAGAGCGCGCACAGCACACACGAGAACCUGCUGAAGGCCGCUGGAGUCGUGCGUUGUAAAUUAUGUACAUAAGUUCCUGACAUUAUUCGGGUACACAUGAAUGGCCGGUCGCACAACUUGGAGCCGUCAAACCGCGCAGCGAGUGGGGAAAUCCGUAAACCAUCGUCUGAUCUGGAACACGUACACCAAGUGCUCUGUGCCCGUCUCUCUCACAGACCGAGGCUCGACGGCUCCGGUGGGGAUUUUCAACACCGCGGCAAGCGUAUAGGAUAUAUAGAAGAUAAAAACCCAACGGAACCGCGAUUUUUUUCUAAAGUUUUUCUUUUCUUUUUUUUUCUGUAAAUGUAAUUUUUCAGUGGGUGUAAAAUAAUUUUGUAGGCAGAAAGCCCGGUGUAAAUCUUGUGUAAUUACGUUUGUAAAAAGCUAAUGGAAUAACACAGAAAAGCUAGCUAUCAGCGCUAAACAGCUCGUUUUGUAUUAAAUGUAUCGCUGGACCGACGAGCUACGAUGCUGCGUUUAGGGUUUACUUGAAGAUAUUCACACAGAGUUUGAAAGAAAAACACUGCAGCUUUCCCAGCAGGCUUGAAAAAUCUCCUGGUUUAGUGUGUGUUUGUAAGAGCUGGGAGACGUGUGGUUUUCUUUGAUUAGUACUGCACCUUAGUGGGCCCUAAAGAAAAUGUAGGAAAUGGUGAGGAGGAAAGUGAGGACAGAAACUGUUCUCUAACAGCUGUGGUCUCACCCUCCUGUGUUACUGUGAAUAAAAGGAGACAAGGAGACAGAGAGCGGAAGAAAAGUGGGAGAGGGUUUGAUCAAGGACGGCCUUUAGUCACCUGCCGCACUGGAAGAACAGCCUGACGGACUAGAAGGGGUGAGUGGGUGACCACAGAAAGAGAGAGAGACGGGGACUGACGGAGGAGCAAAGGUUUGGAGGAGGAGGAGGAGGAGGAGGUCUAGGAGGAGUGGGAAAGGCCAUUUCCCAUGGCUACCGACCCAGGAGAGCCCACAGGCACCGAGGACUCCUCGGAGAAACCUGAUGGACAAAGGGAGGAGGACACGGAGCGGGAGGGCAGGGCUGACCCACAGAGGGAGAGGACACACAGCACCCCCUCGGACUUCCCCUCCUCCCAGACUAAGGAGAGGAGAGCAGGAGGAGAGGAUGGGGGAACCCAAGGAGGAGGAGGAGGGGAAGCCAGCCAGGCGGGUGAGGAGAACCCUGUCAGGCCCAUUUCAUUCUCCACGCCCUCCUUACCAGUCGACACUGGCCAGAAACGACUGAGGAGGGAGAAGCGCUUCUUCAGGAAGAGUGUGGAGAUUUGCGAGGAGGACGAUGAGGUGGCGGUGCCCCCAGAGGCGCCCCACAGUGCCCCCCACCUGGAGCUGCGCUCCUCAGACUCAGUCUUCACCAGCAGUGCCCAGCAGCAAGGGGUUGCUUCAUCCUGUGCUGCCCUGGGCCAUGACCCAUCCUGUCCCAGCUCUAGCCAGGAGGCUGGCAAGGAUGCUUCUUCCUCUACGCCCACCCAGAGGGGAAAGGAGAGGGACCGCGAGCAGGAGGAGGAGGCGGAGAUGAAGGCUGUGGCCACGUCUCCUGGAGGCAGGUUCCUCAAGUUUGACAUUGAACUGGGCAGAGGAGCCUUCAAGACUGUGUAUAAAGGCCUGGACACGGAGACUUGGGUGGAGGUGGCUUGGUGUGAACUUCAGGACCGCAAGCUGACAAAGGCGGAGCAGCAACGCUUCAAGGAGGAGGCCGAGAUGCUGAAGGGACUCCAGCACCCCAACAUAGUCCGCUUCUAUGACUCCUGGGAGUCUGUGCUCCGCGGGAAGAAGUGCAUCGUACUGGUCACCGAACUCAUGACUUCGGGAACACUUAAAACCUACUUGAAGCGCUUUAAGGUCAUGAAACCCAAGGUCCUGAGGAGCUGGUGUAGGCAAAUCCUGAAGGGACUUCACUUCCUUCACACCAGGACUCCUCCAAUAGUCCACCGGGACCUGAAGUGUGACAACAUCUUCAUAACGGGCCCCACAGGCUCAGUCAAGAUAGGGGACCUGGGACUGGCCACUCUAAUGCGGACCUCCUUUGCCAAGAGUGUAAUAGGAACCCCGGAGUUCAUGGCUCCAGAGAUGUAUGAGGAGCACUAUGAUGAGUCUGUGGAUGUCUACGCCUUUGGGAUGUGCAUGCUGGAGAUGGCCACUUCGGAAUACCCCUACUCUGAGUGCCAAAAUGCUGCUCAGAUCUAUCGCAAAGUCACAAGCGGUAUAAAGCCAGCCAGCUUUGAUAAAGUGAAUGACCCAGAGAUCAAAGAGAUCAUCGAAGGCUGCAUCCGUCAGAACAAGAGCCAGAGACUCUCCAUCCGAGACCUCCUGAACCACGCAUUCUUUGGGGAGGACACAGGGGUCCGGGUGGAGCUGGCAGAGGAGGACACAGGGACCCAGGACUGCCUGGCUCUUCGAAUUUGGGUUGAAGAGCCCAAGAAGCUAAAAGGGAAGCACAAAGACAAUGAGGCCAUCGAGUUCAGCUAUGACCUGGAGAAUGAUAGCGCUGAAGAAGUGGCUCUAGAGAUGGUGAAGUCUGGAUUUUUCCAUGAGAGUGAUGCCAAAGUGGUGGGGAAAUCCAUCCGGGACAGAGUAAAUUUGAUCAAAAAGUCACGGGAGCGUCGGCAGCAGCAGCUCCUCCAGCAGCAGCAGGGCUCUGAAGAAAGACGAGACUCCACUCUCACCUCCUACACCUUUUCUCAUCCAUCCUGCCCGUCCUCACUGGGGCCAGGGGCAGCUGGACAGACGGGAGCCGGAGGGGGGGCAGGAGGUGGAGGGCAGGAGUCUGAGGAGCUGCCUGAAGUGGACCAGCAUGUCAGGCACCAACAUAUUUUCAGUGGAACAACCCUUAGUCUGCCAGAAGGCGAGAGCAUUGGGUCUGCCAGCUGUGAAUCUUACGCAAGUGGACAGAGCCAGGCAUACUCUCAGCAAGGGGAAUCAUACACCCACUCCCAGAUUACCCUCCCCCCUACGGCAUCUAGCACUGGCGCCUUGGCUCAUCCUCAAAUGGUUCCCAUUGGUGAGAGUGGAAGUGUUCCAAAUGUGCCUAUUGGCCAGAGUAUUAGUAUGUCCAGCAUGUCCAUUGGCCAAAGUGGAGGGGGACCUGUUGGCCAGACAUUUCUUCAGCCUAGUACCAUGGUUCCACAGGUAUCACCAAGUGUCCCUCAACAAUAUUUUCAGGAUGGUGCGUACCUGUCAAGUACAGAACGUCAUUCGUCAUCAGGGUCUGUUCCGGCUAAUGGAGAAGAGACUCUUCAGCUCUUGGCCAAUGGGAAGUUAGAGAAAUUAAAGACUCAAAGAAGAGCUUCUUGUCAGAGGCCUGAGAAAGUUUCACAUCAGUUUCAACUGAGCAUGCUCCAGGUGUCCGGCAGUGGGGACAAUAUGGUGGAAUGCCAGUUGGAGACCCAUAGCAACAAGAUGGUGACAUUUAAAUUUGACAUUGAAGGGGACGCACCUGAGGACAUAGCAGAUUACAUGGUGGAGGAGGACUUUGUCAUUGACAUAGAGAAAGAGAAAUUUGUUGAGGAGCUCAGAGCCAUAGUUAAAAAAGCUCAUGAAAUUCUUCAGACACAUUCACUGACUGGAUCAACUGACCAGCUGCAUGUGAGCACUCCCACAAGCUCUUCAGUGGACUCAGUGCCCCAUUCCUCGCCAGUGGGACGCUGGCGUUUCUUUAUCAACCAGACCAUCCGCCAUAGAGACUCUCUAUCCAGCCAGGGAGCAGCGACACCACCACCCACCUCAGAGAUGAGGAUACCUCAGUCUCCUAAGACAGAGAAAGAAAGUGAAGGAUCCCAGAGUGUGGAGUCCUUGACUGGAAUGGCCUCUCCUCCCUGCCCCACCAUUUCUGCCACCUCCCCUCCAGUCUCCACUGUCUCAGCACCUGCCUCCAUGGCCCCCUCAGCCACUGCUGCCCCAGCUCCUAACACUACUGCUUCUGAAAGCAUCUCUGCACCAGCCUCCACUCUUGAAGCCACUGUCCCUGUCACUGCUUCAGGUGGUCUUGAGCACCUCACCUCAGCCUCUGUUGACCAAAUUCCCAGUGCUCCCUCAUCCAUAGCAAUACCUGCUGCUGCUAACCUCCCCACCCUGUCCACUGCUCCUACUGUUGUGUCUCCCACGCCCACCACCAUUCUGCCAGAUGUACUCUCUUCUCCUGGAACCAGUGGUUGCUCUAUUGUAGGUCAAAGUAUAGGGGACACAGUCAUUACUGCUCCAAGGUCAUGUGCAGUGGACCAGUCGUCAACCUCUUUUCAUUCCCCUCCUCCUGCUACUGCUCCAGUGAUUUCUUCUGUCGUAAGCCAACAUGGCAUGGAGCAGCAGCAGACACUCAUUCAGGUGGCCAAACCAGUCCCACAACAACCACAGCUGCAGCCUGCAUUACAGCAGCAGGUACCGGCUGUUCAACAGCAACUACAGGCAAUGCAGCUGGAACAACAGGCACAGCAGAUACAGCAGGCGACACCACAGCAGCAACUGCAAUCACAACAUCAAGCCUACCAAGAACAGAUUCAGCUGCAGCAGGAACUAGCACUGCAGCAGUCUCUCCAGCAGUUGCAACAUCAGCAGCUAAUGCAGAAACAAAUACCACUUCAACAACAACUGACUGAGGUGCAGGUGCUGCCUCGGCCAGGUCAUGCAGAGCUGUUACAGCAGUCUGUGCCUCUGCAGCAGUUUCUGCCCCCAGUGCCCCUACAGCAGACCCAGCAGCCCCUUCCUCAGCAGCAGACACAACAGUAUGCCCCUCAGUUGCUGCAGCAGCCACAGUUGCAGCAGUUACCACAGCAGGUUAUGGCACCCCAAGCUGCUGUAGUGCCCCAACAGCAGGCCCACAUAGAUCACCAGCAGCAGCAACAGUUAAACCUACAACAAACGAUACACUUACAGCAACAGCAAAUGGUGCAGCAGCAGCUACAGCAGCAGCAGCACCAGCUAUUUAUGGGUGCUGUGGCUCCAAAGUCGGAACAAAGCCAAAUGCUGCCCCUGUCAAUUAGUCAACAGUUCCUUCAGCAACAGCCACAGCUAAAUGUUAGCUCUGUACCGCCACAGCAGGUUACACAACAAGCCCAAGUCCCUGCUGAGCUGACACAACAACAUAUACAGUCACAGAUACAGCUGCAACACAUGGAACAGCAACAAGAGGCGGUUAAAGCCAUGGAGACCCCCCAGAAACAGCAGCAUUUCCCACUGCAGAAGCAGUCCUCUUUACAGAUGUCAGAGUCAGAGGUGUCCACAGGAGAGACAAGUGUCACAGAGGACACGUGCAACUACUCCACCCCAUUUCACCCUACCUCGGACUCCUCUCUGCCGCCUCUCCAUCUGGCCACCGCUGACGCCCCCGUACCAGCCCUCUCCCUCACAAUGACGCCAUCACCUGCUCAGCCCUCCUCUGUGGCAGAGUCAGACAGUGAAGGCCCCCCCAAAAUUGAAUUUGUAGACAACCGCAUAAAAACUCUGGAUGAAAAGCUGAGGAACUUGUUGUAUCAGGAGUACAGCAGCGGGGCAGCGCCGGCCGGCGGAGCUGCUUCUGGCCCUACAUCAGCUGCCUCAACGUCAGCAGGAGGAGACGAGUCAUCUGAGCCACAGUCGAUCCACCACUUGUCUUUCCCCCCACCUGCUUCCUCCUCAGAUACAUCCCCUCACUCCUCAUCCUCGACUACCUCCUCCACCACCUCCCGUUCCUCCUCCACCUCCCCUGACCCAGAGAGGGAUGGGAUAUUUGAGGAAGCUUCUUCAGAAGUGCCCAACUUUGCGGAGCUGGGUCCGGUAGAGCAACAGCCUGGUCCAUCUCUCCCCUCCACCUCAGCCUCGUCCACCCCGCCUACCUCUCUUCUGCCUCCCAGUCAGGAUGACUCUGCUGGGCCCCAGCGCCCACCUGUACCAGGAGAACCAACCAUUCUUGCUGUACCCCCACACUCUGACACCAGUACCACUGGAGACGCAUCGUGGCCCCCCAAUCAGCAUCCGAUCCCCCUCCGGCAUGGACAGCAGAAGCACAAUGCAGGAGGUGGAUAUUUUGGCCUAAACCUGACAUGUCCUAGUAUCAGAAAUCCUGUUAGCAAGAAAUCCUGGACUCGCAAAUUCAAAAACUGGGCGUGCAAACUGCGCCACUCCGCCAGCUUGUUCAAGAAGCCCAGAGUCCAGCAAGAUGGACGUUGCAGCAGUCAGGCACUUGAGGAGAAGGAGGUGCCACCACUAAAUCCACCUCAGUCACGCAAAGGACGAUUUCAGGUGACUCCAGUGCCCCAGUCCUCACCCCCGAAGGAUGUGCCAUCAGGCCAUGGUAGCACUCACAGGAAAGUGGGACGCUUCUCUGUAACCCAGGCUGAGACUAAGAAAGAGGACAGGCAGACUGACAGCUCCCCAGUGUCUCCUGAUCUGGAGAGGGAGAGGAGGAGAUCUCGGGCAAAGGAGGGAGAGAAAGAAGAAAGUAAAAGAACCCCAGCAAUGGCUCACCUGCCUCGAGGUCAUGGGCACAGCCACUCACCCCUGGGCAGCAGCGAUGAUGAUGAUGAGAGUGAGCUGGAGGAUGAAGACCUGAGAAAAGAACUACACAAGCUCAGAGAGAAACACAUCAAAGAGGUGGUAUCCCUUCAGGCCCAGCAAAACAGAGAGCUGCAAGAACUGUACAGACAGCUACGUUGCCUCAAAGACCAAAGGCAGAGCCUGCCUGCCUCCCUGUCCCGAACCCCUCCUCUUCCCACGGCACCUCCUGUCCUCUCUCCUCGUAGGCCCAGGCCAGCUAAAAUCAAGCUCCGGCCCCGGCCUCACUCUCACAUGGAUAAUAACGGAGUUACGCAUUCCGGGAUUCAGCAGUCGAGUAGUUUCUCAGGUGGUGAACAGAGUCGACUGCCUCUAUACUGCAACCCAGAGCACCACACAUCACUACCUACUAAAAGAGAUCACAGUCCACUAAGAAAAAGCACAUUCACAGAUGAGCUACACAAACUCGUUGAUAAUUGGACGAAGGAGACGGUGGGCCCGUCCCCGCCCAAGCCUUCACUGAAUCAGAUCAAGCAGAUUCAACAGGUGCAGGAGUUGGGAGGCUGGAGCCAGCAGACUGAGACGGCGCCACCAGGGUGGUUUCCAGUGGCACCACUGAACCCCCAGGCACCCCUGACCCCUGCCAGCUUGCCCGUGGCAGCCCCUUCCCAUCACACAGGUGGAGGGAGCCUGUCCACCCUGCACUCUCCGGGACCACCACCACAGACGCACAUGGCUCAAGUGCCACAGAUGCAGCAAAGUUUACACCUCCAUCAGUCUCUACCCCUCCAGCAGAUGGCCUAUCAGCAGUCCCCACUCCGCCAGCAGAUACCGCAGCCCCGGAUUCAAACUCCCAUACAGUCUCAGUCGCUACCACAGACACAACCCAUCACCCAGCUGCCCCACUCACCACCUCAAAGCCAACCGCUGCUGCCUUCCCAAAUGCCCACAUCUCCAGUGUCCACGGCCACGCCUCUGCUGCAUGCCAGUGGCACCACUGCACCCACAGAUAGCACCGCUGCUACUGGGGGGACAUUUUCCUCCUGUUCCUCAUCCUCUUCCACCUCUUCCUCUUCUUGCUCUACUGCUGCUCUACCUUCCAGUGCCAAAAUUCACCCAACAACCCCCACCUCUACUCUUCCUCUGGGACAGAAAUGAAACCAAGGCGAAGUGUGAGGUCGAUAUGAAGGUGCAAGAGAUGGAAAUGCUAAGUGGAUCAGGACGUAAAGCAGAUCCACUUGGAGUGUUAGUUUUGUGUAUGUAUGAGAGAGUUGUGACUGCAAUGAAUAUAUGGAUUCCAGUGUACUUAUGGAUGAGAUGGGGAGUGAAUGUGAGAGACGAUAGAUUCUAGUAUGUACAGACAGAGAGUGAUAUGGAGCACAGCGGCUGGAGUUUGUGAAUUCUGGUAUGUUUGGCUGUUGAGAUGUAUAAAUUCUUAACUGUAUGAGUGUGUGCGUUUAUGAGUGUGGGUGAGCGUUUAUGGAUUAUCCAAGUACAUAUCCCUUAUGUCCUUUUACAAAUUAACGUUCGUGUUUUUGUUUUGAAACCAACUCAGUUGGACCCAAACUCUCCCCAAGCAGAGACAAGAACAAAAUAUUUGACAGUGUGUUGACAGUUUUUGUUUAAUUUGUCAAUGCUUACAGUGAAAGGACUAUCAGUUUUAAAAGUGCAAUUAGUAUUGGUCAGCGAAAUUGAUCAGCAUGUAUUGUAUGGAUUUGUCUGUAAGGCAUAAAAUAUUUUUGUAGAAGCACAUUGAUAACAACCAGACACAUGGAGAAUCUCGUCAUGAUAGUUACAUGAUCUUUUAAAAUGAGGCCCACGGCACAAGACGUUUCAGUGGGCGACGAAAACAAUUUAAACAACAGCAUGCUACACAUUAGAGCACGGCAAAGUUAUGAGGCUACCAUCAUUACCACAGCGCUAUCAAACACACUGUUGCAGUGUUGUUCACCGGUACAGCAUGUGCUUUAUUUGUAUUAUUUUAUGUUUAGCAGUUGUAACAUAGAAACAGUCUGAAUUACCACGAGUGAUGUGAUAUAAAUUGAGAUGAAUUCAUAAUAUGAUGGCAAAUUGAAAUAUGCCAUCUAUGUUCAGUGGAUACCUGGGUACACUUGCCCGAGACUGCAUGACCUUAUGACUAACUUGACUUGCCUGAGUGCAAACUGCUUGCACUUGCUGUAUAUUCACGAAUCUCACAUUUUCUAUUUGCAGCCUAUUGAGAUCAUUCAUGAGUCAUGGGUAAAUUUUGUUUUCGGUAUGAUAUGCUUUCACAUUUGACAUUUUUGCUUUCAGUUUGAGCUCUGCAUAUCAAAGUAUAUCACGGUGUCAUGCUGAGUAGGACUAUGAAAAAGAAAAAACUGCCAAGUUAUUAUAGACUGGGGAGACCAUAUGGGAUAUUCCCAUAUUGCCUUUUAAAAUUACUGCAUUUUUGUGGGCGUGUGAGUGUUUUUCUGUGUGACAAAGCUUUGUGAUAGUCCCAUGGUAAAUUGCAUUAUAAACUGCAUCCCUGUUUCUUUCAUUCAAAGCGGCCUCUCAAAUGUCCCUGUACCCCACCGAAAAUGUUUACUCUGCCUGUGUUUUGGGCUUGUUUCACCACGGAACAGAGCAAGUGAGAGGUUAGACCAUAAUCUGGUCAUAAGUUAGAUGUCCAACACCAUUGUGAGAUCCUCACUUGCCUGUUUGUCAGCUUUGUUCAGUGUUCGAUAAACAGACUUAUUUCAAUUGUGAGCUAUUUAUUCUUUGACGAUAGGCUGUCAGUGUGAAUGCAUCUGUCAGAAGCUGAACUGUGGGCCAUAAUAGUGCUUUAUGCACACUGCAAAAGGUUUACUCUAGUCAAAAAUGUUCAGUUCCUCUACUUCUAAACUGACUUCAUUUGUAGAUGCAGAGAUACACAGAAUAAUAUAUCAGCAGCAGAUAUAUUACUGUACAUUUUAUUGGGUUAUCAGUGCACUUAGCCAUACACACAUUUGACCAUUGAUGGUCAGGCGUUAUACACUUUUUGGGAUAAUAAGUAGCCUGUAGACAAAGCAGCAUUUCUGUUUUAUUAAUGAUAGAGAAAUUGUGUGCCACUGAAAACAGGAGAUUGUACCGGUUGUUAAAGACUGCUAAAUGUGUGUCAAAGACAUCUAAAACAUGAAUUGUGAAGGAGAAAUAGUUUGUGCUGAAGGGUAUGGUUGUUCAGAAACUGCAAUUGCAUAAUCUAGACUAUAACAAUGAUUUUCUGUAUUUGUUGCUUUUCAAGACAACCCACAUUGUCACCGAGAUGUAGUUCAUUAUUAGUGAAGGUGAGAUACUGUGCUGUCAUGUCUGAUACUAACAUGUUGACUGCAAGCUACAGCUUAAUGAUCUUUAUUCAUGAUGUGGAGCUGGCUUUGUCCUUGAAGUGUUACCAAAAUGUUAUCUAAAAGAUAAAGAUUAUUUUUGUAUUUUGAAAUGGGGUUGUACAAAUUGUAAAAUUGUGUUCUCAUCAUUAUAAAUCUGAGGUUAUUUGAAACUAGAAAACACUGGUUUUCAUCCCUGUUUACACGGGACUCCCCUGCCUUGAUAUACCUCUCUGAGUCAUGACAGGCCAGCGUCAUUUAAGAUUAUAUUCAGAGAAUUUUUUGGUCAUUUUUGACAUUUUAGGUCAGUUUUGAAUCAUGACAACCUGGAAGAUACAUAAAGUAAUGGCAUAAUCCUUAUUGCUGGGCUGCAUUUCAGAUUGAAUAAACUUUAAAAUUAAUGCAACAAAAAUUUGGGGAGUCCCAAAAUGGCAUUAAUGAGAACCAAUGACGAAAAGAAAAUUUUGGCAGAAAAACCUCAAAAGAUAAAAUAUGUUGCUGGUGAUUUAGCCUCUGUAAAUUGUAACUAAUUCAACUGUUGAUUUUAUUUAUGUUUUGUAACUAAUCAAAAUAAAUGAUGUUAAAC